UUUCAUUGGUGCACUAUAUCAUUGUAGCGAAAGAACUAAAAGCUAUAGUUAAGAAGACUAGUCAAUCAACAACGAGUGGAACAAGUUCACCUGCGAAGAAUACUAACAUACAAAAAAUUCCACUCCCCAAUAGGAGACAUAUAACAUGCCGCAAUGAAUAA